AUCAAGGUUUGAUUUAUAGAAUCGUUCGAGAGUCGCGCCCGCUAUUGAUUAAUUUCCAUUAUUUAUUUCUAAGCGCAAUCUUAUUUGAUUUUGAAGUAAAACACAAGUAAAACAUCUAAAUUUAAAACUAGGAAUUCCCAAUACUUUUUGAAAGUGUAUCUUAAUAUCUAGAACUGGCUCCAUUUAUUUUGAAUUAUGAGCCCUGUAGAAAGUAUUCCCGUUGCUGUAUUAAAUUGUGUAGAUGAUUAUGUCGAGUUACUGUAUGAUGAUAUUCCAGAAAAAAUCAAAGGCUCAGCCCUGAUAUUACAAUUAGCAAGAAACCCUGACAAUUUAAUAGAACUAUCUAGGAAUGAAGCUUUAUUAAGUGCUUUAUCAAGAGUCCUGAGAGAAGAGUGGAAAAGAAGUAUUGAAUUGAGUACAAAUAUUGUUUACACAUUCUUUUGUUUUUCUACAUAUAAUGAGUUCCAUCCAGUUAUCAUUCAAUAUAAAAUAGGAUCUCUUUGCAUGGAUGUCAUAGACUAUGAACUCAAAAGGUAUGAUCAAUGGAAAGAAAAGGUGGAAGGAAAGAAGCCACUGUUAACUCCAGACAAGAGUGAAUUGCCAAAGAGUCGUAUUCCUGAACCAAAACGACGACCAAAAUCAGGGACAUGGGCUGUAGCAGAUGUCAAUAUGCAAAAAUCUCGAACUCUAGUAUCUAGUUAUCAUGAAGAUUUAUGUAAUAUAUCUGAUGAGAGCCUGUCUAAAACUGACGAAGAACAAAUGAAAAGAAAACUAAAAACACUUUCUAAGAGACAAGAACAGCUGCUUCGGGUUGCAUUUUAUAUGCUGCUAAAUAUUGCAGACAACAUUAAAGUGGAAGAAAAAAUGCAUAAAAAAGAUAUAGUGGGCUUGCUCAUUGGUGCAAUGGAAAGACAUUCAAAUAUUGAUUUGCUUAUUCUAAUAGUUUCAUUCUUACAAAAGCUAUCUAUUUUCGUAGAAAAUAAAAAUAGCAUGGCUUCAAGAGGCAUUGUAGAAAAAUUAGCACCUCUAUUAGCCUCCCCUAAUGCAGACUUAGUCAAUGUUACACUAAAGCUUCUAUUUAAUUUAACUUUUGACACAAAGCUGCGCAGUAAAAUGGUUAAAAUGGGCUUACUUCCAAAAUUUAUACAAUUUACAAGUGAUGAUAAACAUAUAACUUUAGCAAUGAAAAUUUUGUAUCAUUUGAGCAUGGAUGACAGAGUGAAAUUAAUGUUCACUCAAUCAGACUGUGUAAAAUUACUUACCGAUAUGUUGCUGCUGAACGUGAAUAGCGAUAGUAACACUUCAAACGGUCCCGGAGUGACUGAUGUAUUGCUAGCGUUAUGCGUAAACUUGGCGUGGUGCGAGCGCGCAGCGCAACAGAUGGCCGCUGAAGGCAGACUGCGCGAAUUACUGGCGCGAGCCUUCCGCCAUAGGAAUACUAUGCUUAUGAAGCUCGUCCGCAAUUUGUCGCACCAUGCGCAAAACAAACCACUCUUCGUGGAAUUUGUCGGUGAUAUCGCUGGUGCGGUAACAAGUGAUGAUGCUCCUGAAGAAUUCAUCAUUGAAUGUAUCGGCACUCUCAGUAAUAUUUUAAUUAUUAACAACAACAUAGAUGUGUAUGCUGUUGUAGAGAGAUACAAUUUGAUACCGUGCAUCAUGAAAAUAUUAGAUCCAGAGAGCACAUGUGACCCGGAGUUGGUAUUGGAGGGCGUUGUGGCAGCGGGUGCGCUCGCGGCGGAUGAGCGCUCCGCGGAAGCGUUGCUCGCAGCGGGCGGCGGCGACGCGCUCGUAGCGCUGCUGCGGCUGCGGCAAGCGGACGACGAGCACGUGCUGCAGACCGUGUACGCCUUCCGGCAGCUGGUGUCACACGCGCGCGCCGCGGACCAUCUCGUCACGCGCACAGAAGCACCUGCCUAUCUCAUCGACCUUAUGCAAGACAAAAAUGUGGAAAUCAGAAAAAUGUGCGAUUCCUGCCUCGACAUUAUAUCUCAAAUGCAAAAUGAUUGGGCGGCGAGAGUAAAGGUGGAGAGAUUCCGCUGCCAUAACGGUCAGUGGUUAUCCGUGGUUGAGACGCUGGGAGCAGAGACCGCAGGUGGGGGUGGGGAUGGGGGCGACGACCUGCCGCCCUACCUGUCCGCCGAGUACCUCACCACUCACCGCCUCACCACUUCCGAUUCUCAGACAACACUCAAUGAUGAUUCCGAUAGUUUUUCUGGUGAUGAUAUAAAUAGAACAAAUAACAGUAUCACCGGGGAAAAUAAGACCAAUGAACUUUAUGAAACAAAUGAAUUGUCAAGACAAACUGCUGAAAAUGAUGCUGGGUUUACCAAAGAAUCGACUUUAUUUGCGUAAUUUAGAAACAAUAUCAAUGGAAAUAUCUCACAAAUUUUAUUUACGCUUCAUUACUUAUAUUGUGAAAACUAAUUUGCAAAUUUGUUUACACUUGUACAUAUUAUUACCAAAUAUAGUAA